GGAGCCCGCGAGGAGGGGGUGGGGACGGACGGGAGGAAGGAGGGGGGCCGGCACCAACCAGCAGCCGCUCCAGCCCGGCCGAAGUUUCACUUUUUGUCUGUGGGUUCGCUCCCGGGGCCCCCGGCGAGCUUUCCCGGGACAAGUAGCUUAGGCGAUCGGGGGCGAGAGAGCCGGGCGCUGCAAGAAAUCGAAGAGGAACUGACAAGUAGUGUGUUGGGAGAAGCCUGAAGGAAGCCUGAUCAGCACCUGCAUUCUCAGAGCUGCCUGUGCCCUGCAGCAGCACCUCUGGUGUGGAACACCGAGUGUCAGAACAGAACGGAAGUGAGAAUUGAGACACCUGAUUCCCAGUCUAGUGCGUUCCUUUUUAUUGUCUACUUCUUUGAACUCAUCACAGGAAAAGUGGUUUUCCUCACCUGAUACCUAGAAUUACAGUUUGCUGAAUCUCUCCUGCACUGACCACCCCAGGAGCUUGCUGUCUGAGAUUGAAACAAUGUCUUACCCAUCUUGGCUGCCACCCAAAAGCACUGGUGAGCCCCUUGGACAUGUGCCUGCACGGAUGGAGACCACCCAUUCCUUUGGGACUCCCAGUAUUUCAGUGUCUACACAACAGCCACCCAAGAAGUUCGCACCAGUAGUUGCUCCAAAGCCUAAGUACAACCCAUAUAAGCAACCUGGAGCAGAAGGUGAUUUUCUUCCACCUCCCCCUCCUCCUAUGGAUGAUCCCAUUGCUGUUCCAUCUGGCUCUGGAAACUUCCCUCCUCCACCACCCCUUGCUGAAGGUGCUUUCAGGGCACAGGGAAACCCUGGCGGCAAGACCAUUGAGGAGAGACGCUCCAGCCUGGACGCUGAGAUCGACUCUUUGACUAGCAUCUUGGCUGACCUUGAGUGCAGUUUGCCCUACAAGCCUCGACUUCCACAGGGUUCUGCUAGUGCAACAGCUUCUCCUCCAGUUUCCACCCCUGUCACCGGGCACAAGAGAAUGGUCAUACCAAACCAGCCACCUCUAACAGCUACCAAGAAGUCUACAAUGAAGCCUCAGCCUGCGACACAGCCUGGACCCAUCCCUGUGACUCCAAUUGGGACACUAAAACCCCAGCCUCAGCCAGUUCCUGCCUCCUACACUACAGCAUCGACUCCUUCAAGACCUACCUUUAAUAUUCAAGUAAAAUCAGCUCAGCCCAGCACUCACUACAUGGCUGCGCCUUCAGCAGGACAAUUUUAUGGACAAGGACCUCACAACUAUAAUACUCAACCAAGUCCUGCUUCUGGGCAAGGUCCUCCUCCUUCAGCACGGGGAGGCAUGGAUUAUGCAUACAUGCCACAAUCAGGCACUCAAACUGAGCCUGUGUAUGGAUAUGCCCCCAACCAAGGACGCUAUUAUGAAGCCUAUGGCCCAGGAGGGCCUGGUUAUGGGGGCAAAAAUGACAUUGAUCCUGCCUAUGGUCAGCAAAAUCAUCCCAAUACCUGGAAGAUGGAACAAGGAUAUGCUCCCUCGGGAAAAGGGAACCAGAAUCCUCCUGGGCCGUACCCAGUUGCUGGUUCUAAGAAGACCUAUAUCACAGAUCCUCUGCCUGCACCCUCUGGACCACUAGUCUCAAAGGGUGGACAAACAGGCCCGGUGGGAUCCCACUACGGCCCCUCCUUGUUCAAUCCUGAGGAUGAGCUUGAGCAACUGACCAAAAAGAUGUUGUUUGACAUGGAAAAUCCACCUGCUGAUGACUAUUUUGGUCGUUGUGCUCGCUGUGGAGAAAAUGUAGUUGGGGAAGGUACCGGGUGUACUGCCAUGGAUCAGGUCUUCCACGUGGAUUGUUUUGUCUGCGUCAACUGUAACAGCAAGCUCCGAGGGCAGCCCUUCUAUGCACUGGACAAGAAAGCCUACUGCGAGCCCUGCUACAUCAGCACCCUGGAGCAGUGCAGUGUAUGUUCCAAGCCCAUCAUGGAGAGGAUUCUUCGUGCCACUGGGAAGGCCUAUCAUCCUCACUGUUUUACCUGUGUGAUGUGCCACCGCUGCUUGGAUGGGAUUCCAUUCACCAUCGAUUCUGGCGGCCUUAUCCACUGCAUUGAAGAUUUCCACAAGAAAUUCGCUCCCCGAUGCUCCGUGUGCAAGGAGCCCAUUAUGCCUGCCCCAGGCGAGGAGGAGACUAUUCGAAUUGUGGCUCUGGAUCGUGAUUUCCAUGUUCAAUGCUAUCGCUGUGAGGAUUGCGGUGGCCUUCUGUCUGAAGGGGAUAACCAAGGCUGCUACCCUCUGGAUGGGCAUAUUCUCUGCAAGACCUGCAACAGCGCCCGCAUCAGAAUGCUUACUGCCAAGCCCAGCACUGACUUUUAAGUUCAGUCACCUGGCUAGCUGGUAGUGGUGGCACUGAAAUGACAAGAAACACAAGGGAAACAGAAAGCAAAAGAAAUAGGAAAAUAGAGGAAGGCAGUCAACCUAUGGGAUGGACUCCGUUCUUCACUUACUACUAACCUUUCUUUAGAAAUACAUAGGUUAUAAGAUUUCUUUUAAGUUCUUACCAAAUGCACAUUUCACAUUUAAUUCUGUAGGACUUGGCUAGGUCUUUAUUCCCAGGGACUUCCACAUUUUUGCACAGAUUAUGCUCCAUCCCAUUCACUUCUGCAUUCCUAAAACUUUUAAUACCUGUGUUUUUCUCACUUUUCAUCUGGUUGAAUGGCUGUUUUUAGUGUGAUAUUUGCUAUCAUACAUACACUUUUUCCUGGGGGAGUCUGCCAAACUACAGGUGCUUUUGGCCCGGAAGGCUCCAUCUAGUCCCUGCCACAUUGCCUGUCAUCACAAAAGCUAGCCAUUCUUUGUUCUUUCUAUUAAAAACCAAUUUCUGUUGCUUUCAAUUGGUCAUGUGCCUGGUGGGGAGGGCGGAAUAUAAAGCACAAUUUACAUUUCAAGCCAUAAAUAAUUUUACUUGUAUAUUGAAUAGAUUAAGGCUAGCCCAAAUUUAAUUUGUAACCAUCCACAGUUAAGAUUUAUAGCAACCAGCAAUCAGGCCUAUUUGAAAGCAGAAAUCUCUGCAACAGAACUAGCUCCAAUUUUGUUUUUAAAAUAUUGCAUGGGAUUGGAGCCAGGGUGAUAGCUCAACUGAAGGAACCCGUCUUGCAGCAGAAAGUUUCAAGCCUGAUGCCCAGCCCCUCGGGGCCCUCAGUCACUGCUGGUUGUGGUACUGGUGGCCCCCAACAUCACAGGGGCCCCAGUAGCACCACACUGCCUGGCCUGAGAGUCAAACGCUCUGGCCUAUUAGGCAGAUUAUCUCUUGGAGCGGUCUGUCUGCCCCUUGAGUUCUGCUUGGAAAGCCAAGAUAGACAAAUAAAUGUGGGAUUUGCGAGAAAAAGCAUCUUAGGGGUGUGUUUGAAAAGCCAUUAUGCCAUUGUGCUAUCUCAAGAUGUUCCAUACUACCUAGACAUAAUAAGACAAACUAGUUUUACCUGAAACAAACACGUUGAAUACUAUCCCAUUUUUCAUCUCAGAAAUAUUGCCAUAUUUUUUCUAAUAUUCAAACAUAACCACUAAAAUUGGCUUUUUCUCUUAGAGGAAGAUAACUAUAAAGACUAGGUUGUAGUCUUUUUUUUUCUCCAGGUCCUUUUAUCCUAACAAUUGCAAAUCAAUGCAUACCAAAUAUACAAAAUCAACAGUAUGAUAUUGUUUAGUUUACUUUAAGAAGACAUGAAAGUUUCAAGAGGUUGUGAAACCACAGUUUCAUUAUUGUUGUAAAUCCUCUUGCAACUCAAAUUACAUAUUGCAGGAGACAUUUUCAUAUCAUCAAUGUGACAUUUACACCACACUUUAAAAGACAAUCACUGAAAAAAAAAUGAGCUUUCUGAGCUAAAAAUAUACAGCAUCUCUGCCUGGAAUCUUUAUUCAAACUCUAUUGGGCAGUGAAAUACUUGCUUGCCAACUAUAGAACUAUAUUUCUUUAGGUUCUAGCAUAUUUGUUUUUAAGAGAGAGAUGCCUUUCUAAUGGCAGAUCUGCCACUUUGUAAAUUAUUUUGAUUUGACAUUUUUUUCAACCUUUCUUCAAAUCUUCCACAAGAAUAUGCUUUUAAAUUAUGAAAAUUUACAUAUUUAAAGAACCACAAAAGUAUAAAUAAUAAUAUAAAGACUAUGCAUAUGCAUUAAUACCCAGUUUAAGAAGUCAAAUAUAAGAAAUAGUUUAUUUGAUUCUACAAAUUUCUUUUUCAUGAUUCUAAAGUGACAGUUUUCUAGUGUGACUUCUUAAUUUUAAUACCCAGAAAGAAAGGGAAACAUUAUUUGUGCAUGUUUUGAAUCAAAACUCAUGUCUCAGGAAUUCCAGUUAAAUUUAUUGCUUUAAUAGAAAUAAUCAUAAAACUGGUUCAAAUCUUUUUAAUAACAAAGUCUUGAGUCUGUGAUUGAAUACUAUAGCUCAUGGAAGAUCAUGGUGACUCACUAACUUUGAUCACUACUAGAACCACCUAAGUUCUUUGAUUUUUUUUUUUUGGCAGUCGCUGUCCUUUUCUUACCUGGCCAUGCUUCUCUUUAACCUUUUUUCUUUUAAUGUGAAAUACAGUGAGAUAGACUUUGAGCAGCAUGUGGGUUGUAGGAUAUAAUGGCAAUUGCAUUCCUGAAUUUCUGUCUUGUAAAUGAAGGCCAGAUCAGACUGUUGACCUCAAAGAACACUAUUAGAGAAUCGGGGUGAUAAUUUGAUCAGCCUGAAUUGUUUUGUAACUUGUUUUCAAUGAAAUUCAUGGAGACAUUGUUUUUAGGGCAGAAGCUAAGAGCCCAGUUUAUUGAGAGAUAGAUUUUAUCUCUUGAAGGGCAGCCAUGUUAUUACAAAAUUUGCCAACAUAGAAUUUAUAAAAUAUUUAUACUCUAAAAAUGCAGUAACAUUCUACUUGCUUGUUACAUGUAAGCCCUUAUGUAACUGAAUGUUUACAUGCCCUCCCACAAAGAAAAUGCUAUCAAAGACCCAUCACUGUGGUAUUGCCAGAAAACUGCUUGCUUACAAUCCUUAUCAUGCAUUUUUAUCACAUAACCUCAGAGUAUCUUUACCAAAGAUUUUUAAAUAAAUAUCCUUUUUAAUAUAGAAUUAUUAUACUUUUAUAAUAAUGAAUGUGCACACAUACAUAUGCAGAAAUAUUUAGAUUUAGAUUUUUUCCUCUUUCACAAGGUAUAAGAAAAUGGAUCCUAUAAUAUUUUAUGCCAGGAUUUCUUAAAUAUAUGACUUAUAUUGCCUUUUUGUUUUUUUCUAUUAAUCCUUUGUUUAAACAAUGCCAAAUCACUCUUACUUUUAACACAAAAUUUUGCCAAUAUUAGAUAUGAAGAUCAUAUUGCAUUGAUUAUAAUUAUAUUGUUUAUUGAUAUAUUGUACUGACUGUUAUCAUUUAAAUACAUAAAUAAUGGAAAUAAAUCAGAGUCUAUAAAACAAAGUUUGUAAAAAAAAGUGCUGGCUUAAAACUUUUGUCAAACACCCAAUAUUGGCUAUCUCUGUGUAGCAUGAGAGAUGUAGAAAAAGGGGAGAAAAAAACACUAUGUUCUGAGCUCUGCAGAUUAUUUCAACCACAGAAAUUUUGUUGUCUCAAUCCCUACUCAUAUUGACACCAUAUGAAUUCCUAUUUGUAAAGAAAAUUGCUUUCCAUUUCAGUUUUCCAUUGUGUCCUAUAAGGCAUUCAUACUUUGACAUAUAGAAAAUGUCUGCAGCUCAAAGAGAUGUGGGUUUUUUUCUUGUCAUCAAAAACGUAUUGUUUCCGUAGGUACA